AUGACUGGAAUUAUUGGAUAUCCUAUAAUUUCUAUCAGACUCCAAAAUGGAAAUGGUGUUUAUAAGGGAAAAGAGAAGGUUGGUGAUGAAGCUGGACCCUCUGUGGUUAAGCCUCCUUGCUGGCGCCCUCCUAAGCCUGGUUUUUUGAAACUUAACACAGAUGGAGCUUGGGUUUCAACUGAUUUAGGAGGAGGUGGUGGUGUUUUCAGGAUUAUUAAAGGGGAAUGGGAGGGGCUGAAUUAUGCAAGAGCAAUGCCUCUUCAGUAUCUGGAAGUGGAAACUAAUGCAGAGGCAAUCAGGUCUUUGCUCAACAAAAAAGGGGAUCAUAUGCAUCAUGAACUUGCAGCUGUUAUCAUUGAUGUUGCUAGACUCCUUAACAACAGAGAAAUGAAUGUCAUCCUCAGCACAGUCCCGAGGGGGCUUAAUAGCCUUGCUCAUUACUUGGCAAAAUAUGCAAUGGAUAUGGCUAUGGGCCACACUGAUCAUUUUGUUUGA